GGCCCGAGAUUAAUGAUGUUUUGCUUUGCACUAAACACUUGAAGAGUUGAAAUGGCAGAACCACCUUAAACUAACCUGCAAAAGGAAUCAAUAGGACUCAAAGAAGUCUGAUAACCAGAGAGCCCCUUGGGUGGGAGAGGCUGCAAUCGCAUAGGCCGGAAGAAGUGACCAAGCAUCUCAAACUUCUAAAUUUGAUGUAUAACAUAUAUGAGAUAUAAAAUAAUUGUCACAUUUUACGAAAUUUUAUUAAUCUUUAAGCAUAGUGUUCGUGGAAUUUGAAUCCUAAUUAGAAUCUCGUACGCAUAGGAAUUUAUGAGCUAAUUUACGCGGAACUUAUUGAUCCUUGGAAAUGAUUCUAUGUGCUUGGUCGUUGGCCAACCUUCUCGUGAAGCCAACGACCAAAUUACCCAAUAUAUUAUGAAAGGUUGAACCAUUUUAAGCAAUCUUAGGUGAAGCCAACGACCAAGCACAUAGCAUCAUUUCCAAAGAUCAAUUCUAGCGAGUCUCAUGAGUCUUUGGCUGAUCUAAACUGAUCAUGUUGAUCUAAUCCUUGCAUCAUCUUGUUUUUUAUUUCUUUUUUUGCCAAGGUGAUGCAGUUUCUAGAUUUGCUUUUGUAAAUCAAACAAAUUCAUUAUAUGAUAUUUACAUGUUUUAACAAAAACAAAAAUUCUAGCGAGUCUCCAAAACACAAAAUUUGAUCUAAUUUCAUCUCCAAUAAAACUUCAAAAAUUAUAUUUUCUCACAAAAUUUGGUGGUUUGUUACAUUAAAUUCAUCACACCAAAUAUUAAACUAAUGUAUUUUAUUAUUUCUCAUUUAAUUUUAUUAGUAUUAUUAAUUAAUUUAAAAUUAUAGUUAAGAUAAAUAUAUCAUACUAAUUUUAUUUUAUAUUUUUAUUGUACACAUUAAAAAUAUUAAAAUAUUCUUUUAUUUAUAUUUUAAUUAAUAAUAUAAUCAAUUAUCAGUUAUAUCAAUUUGUAAUAAAAACAAUUUAUUCUGUGAUUUUUAUUUUAAAUGCAUAAAAUUUAAUGUGAUAAAAUGAAAUUAGUCAAUUAUAAUUAUUAAAAAAAAAUUGAACACCAAAACAUCAAAUUCCAUGUUAUGGCUAAAAUGUUUUUUAAGAGAGUGGUCAAUUAUUAGAGCUCUCUAAUAUCUUAUGGUAUUUGAUAUUUUAUAUUAAAAAUAUAAGCUAAACUUAAAGUGAUUUUAUUAGGUUUUAAAAUACAAAUAAUAAAACAAAAUGUAUUUAACAUUACAAAUCAUAUGAAAUAGUGAUGCAGAAACAACUAUAUAUUAUAUAAAAUAAAUAUUUAAUAUUACAAAUCAUAUGAAAUAUUGUGUUCAUGGACGGCUUCGUAUAAGGAAUGGUCAAAGCGAAUACACCGAACCUACUCGAAAUAUUGAAAAUUUAAAUAUAAUAUUUAAUUUAUAUUUAGAAGGUCUUAUAAAACAUACUAAUAUAAAAUAUUUUAAUGAAAACAAAUUUGUUAGUUUUUUUUUUAGAUUUUUGAUAUUGUUUUAAAGAAUAUUUCUAAAUAAUAUUAAAACUUAUAAUUAUAAGGUAUAUAAAAUUUUGUUGUCCAAGGACCCUAGAUGAUACUGAGUCUGUCCUGGUUGUGUAUGUAUAUGUAUAAAUUUAUACAAUAUAUACAGAACUUAUAAUUAAUAUCAAUGGAUGAAAAGUAUUUAGCAAUAAAAGAUAAAAAAAACAGUGAAAAAACAGCAAAAUAUAAUUAUAUUUUAUGCAAAACCCAUAGAUUAUACAAAAGAAAACAAAGCAUGAUAGUACAUAUAAAUAUGUAAAAGUUAUUACCCUGUAAUAUACUAUUAAAUUAAAAAACUCAAAAUAAUUUGUUUAACCUGUUAAAUAAAUUAUAAUAGAAUGAGACCCUAAAAUUAUAAUGUGAGAGAGGGGUCUCAAGCCAUUUUCUCUUUCUCAACACCUCCUAAGGUAAGUCCCUGGUCAUGGUCGUGACACUACUUUCCACAGCAUGCUACUAUUGGAGAGUGCAUCUUCUCUUAUGAGAGUUGGUCUUAUAUAUGACGUCGUUAAUGCCCAAGGGAGUUAAGGAGUGGGCUUUUAUGGGCUUCCCGAACAAUAACCAUUAGAAAAAAUAAGGAAACAAAUCUCCACCAAAGAACAAUUAAACAUACCUUCAAACGUAUACAGCGAGCGAGUAGGUAGAUUCAUUGAUCUCCUUUUAGCCUCUACUGGUACCAGAUUCUCCCUUCAUCGUUUUCACCGAAUCAUGUUUGUUUCUUUCACCGAUUAUUGGGUCUUUAAUUGGCUUGGUUCCUGGGUGGAUCUAUAGUGUUAUUCAGUCCUGGUGUUAUUGCCUUUUGAUCUGAUCCAUGCACAUCUCUUUUAUUUUUGGUCUGAUCCAUGCACAUCUCUUUUAUUUUUGGUCUGAUCCAUGCACAUCUCUUCUGGGUUUUGCUUCUCUCCGACUGAUAAAGUUAUAUACGUUGCGUAGAGUUUCUCACUUUCAGUUUAGUGCACACUUAUUCACUUGUUAUACAUCAACACAGAACUGCGUGUUUGGAUUUGUUUUGGUCUUGAUUUACGUGGCUUCCGUCUCUGGCUGGCCAUGUAGGUUUUAAACUUUCUUGCCGUACGAACCUGAAUUGUGUAUUUUUAUUUGCUUGGCUUAUGUUCUGAACUGAACUUUCUUUUGGUUGUCCAGUUUCUACUACACUCUAUGUUGUGGAUAUUAGGUCCUUGCAAAAUUAUCUCGUCACCUGCUCCUGUUUUCAUUCUCAUUGAGUUUUUUAUUUUCAAUUGUCAGCAUAUGCUAGCCUUUAGUAUUUUGCCAUUGGCAAAGCAACAUCCUGUGUUAUGGAAACCAUUGUCAGCAUAUGCUAGCCUUUAGUUUUUUUUUUUUUUCCAAUUGUCAAUAAGUAUAUGGGUAGCCUUUAGUAUCUUUUUCAUUGUUCUUCCUGAGGCACUUUUAUUUAGUUUUGUUUAUGUAUACUGCAGUAUCCUAACCGCGGGAUGGCAGAUCGAUUUAUGCAAAAUGCUAUAGUGAGUGAAGGUCAGCGCAAGCAGAAGAAUUGCCAUCAGGAAUGCAAGAAGAGCUGUCAUGUUUUCCAGACUGAGAGGAAAGUUUGCAUCCUGGUGACUCCUGCUUCCAAGACUACUUUCUUGCCAGAGGAGCUGUGUAUAGGAUUUGGUAUCUGCGUGAAGAGAUACCCUUUCGAAGCUGUUCAGAUAAUCAAACCAAAUCUAGGCAGGUUGGAUAAUCCUCAGAACUGGCAAAAAUAUUUGACUCACAUCCGCGGGUCAGAACUUGAAAGCUAUCUCACCCGAGUGGUAGAAGAAAAUCUAAAGCCCCAACAUGUCGACCAAAAUAAAAAAAUUGUGAAUAUGCUGGACGAGAGAGAAAUGCUGGUGCAGAUUUGUGCUGGUCUGGGGUUGGACCGUAGAGCAAAAGAAGUAUUUGGUGGAGAGCUGCAGUGGUUUGCGAUUGCCAUAGGUUUCAUAGAGAAGGCUGAAACUUAUAUGUUGGACGAUAGCCGUUUGUUGAAAUGUGGAGAAGUGACAACAAUGUCUGAUCUUCCAGAUGAUUUGGCAGAAGAGAUAUUGUCUAGGGUUCCGUUGACAUCCCUAAGUGCAGUGCGUUCCACUUGCAGAAAGUGGAAUGAUUUAUCCAAAAACCAGGUUUUUGGUAAGUCAGCAUCAACAGGAAGGAAGCAGUUUCUUGGGUUCAUGCUGAAAGAUUAUAAGGUUUGUUCGAUGAAGUUUGAUCUCCAAGGAAUUGGAAACGAAGGAGACUUCGUUGAUCCAUCUAUAAAGGAAGUCAGUAUACUUGACCAAGUAGAAAUCACUCAGUUCUUUCACUGUGGAGGUUUAUUGCUAUGUGUCACCAAGGACAGGUCGAGACUUUUGGUGUGGAAUCCUUAUUUGGGGCAAACAAGGUGGAUCCAACCAAGAAACACUUUCCGAAGUGAAGACAGAUAUGCUGUUGGAUAUGACAAGAACCGUAACUACAAAAUCUUGAGGGUUUUUGGCAAGUAUGACACCAAAGGUGAAUUUGGAAGCGUCGACAAAUACCUGAUUUUUGGGUACGAAAUAUACGAGUUGAGCUCUAGUUCGUGGAAGGUUUUUAACGUCAGUCCCGACUGGAAUAUAGAUAGUUAUCAACGCGGCGUGUCUUUGAAGGGUCAUACUUAUUUUUUGGCUGAAGAGAGGUGGACGAUAGGUAGAAGAAAUAAAACUGAGGAGAUAAUCUCUUUUGAUUUUACAACAGAAAAAUUUGGAAAGCGGUUGCCUCUUCCGUUUAAAACUCAUGAUGUAGGCAACUUUGUGUCUCUAUCUUGUGUCAGAGAAGAGCAGCUUGCGGUAUUACAUCAAAGCAGUGUGAUUGAUCACACAUUGGAGAUUUGGGUCUCAAGUAAUAUUGAUCUGGGUGCAGUUUCGUGGAGCAAGUUCUUGAGAACCACCUCUUUCUGUCGGGUUGAUUUUCAAGCUGGUAGUUUCUUCAUUGACGAGGAGAAGAAAGUUGCUGUGGUUGUCGAUCUGGACAAUGGUGGACAAGCACGGACUGAGACCCAUUACAACCAAAGAGCUAACAUAAUUGGAGAAGAUGAAUAUUACAAACCUGUGAAUGUUGGAGAGGCCCUGGAUCAUGGAAAACUUAACAAAUUUGGAUUUUUGAUCUCUGAUUUAUGUCGCCCACUUGUGUGCUCUUAUGUUCCAAGCACAGCACAACUGCAACUGCAACCGUGAACAUGGAAAGAAGGUGAUGAUUAAUCAGUUCCAAUUUCAACAAUUGGCUGUCAAUUGUUAGUUUGUCUUUUGAUAUAUAUCAUCAUCUAACUAUGAUUAUGUUUGCUUAAGUUAAGUGGUAAAUUAUUUCUAAGUUUUCUGAAUUGUUAUAAUUUUAACAUAUGGUAUAUAUCUUCCAAAAAUCAA